UGUGAUAAUGGGGGUUUAUUCUUCCGGUCGACGUUAAGGGAAUAUAUAUCUUGUCUUUUUCUGUAGCUGGAAAUGUUUGUUAAAGCAUUUAAUUACAGGACUCGUUCAGGAGUAUUUUAGUGUGAAUAUGCCCUCUACUUUGCCAAAGGUGGAGACAAAGAUGGACGAUCUAAGGACAGAAUGGGAUGCAGCAACCAACUUCUCGGAGGGAGACGUGAGCGAGCGCUGGUGGAGUACCAUCAGUCGCCAGUAUACUGAGGAGGGUCGCGUGUACCAUGGCCACACUUACCUUGCCCAAAUGUUUUCUCUGUACCAUCAGUAUCAAGAGAAACUUACCAAUGCCCAGGCUGUAGCUAUGGCGAUUUUCUUCCAUAAAUUAGAAUAUAACCCAAGGUCUGGUGACUCAGACACCAAAAAUUUGGAGCGGUUUGAGGAAUUCAUGGCAGAGGCCGGAGAAGGGCAGCAGGAGUCUGCACUUGCUACAGCAGUGAAAUCACUGCUCGAGGCAUCUGUGAGUAAUCUGACAGAGGCACACAUGAUGGAAGGUGGAUCUGGUGCAGAUGAUGUCCAUUACUUCUUGGAUUUCACAAUGGCAGUUUUGGGAGCGCCUGUUGUGGAGUAUGACCAGUAUACAACCAAGAUACAAGCAGAAUACAUCCAUCUUCCUACAACUGCCUACAAUCAGUUAAGAGUCAAAAUUCUAAAGAGUCUUCUGCUGAUGCCUAAUAUAUAUGCAACAAGAGAGUUUCAGAAAGAACGGGAGAAAACCGCCCGGGAAAAUCUGCAACGCGAAAUCGAUAAUCUUCAGGCUUAAUGGAGUUGCCUUGAAUUGUGGCUAUUUGCCUUGCCGAUGAAUUUAGAUUGACGAAGAGUUCACUAGAGGUAAAAAGAUUAGCAUUGAUGAAUAACAAGAUUUUGAAGACUGGAAAAAUGGUUAUGCAGAUGAGGGUCCAAGUUGCUUUUAACAGUGGGAUCAAGUUCAUAAGGUAUUGAUGGGUAAAUGAGAUAAACAGUUUAUUCUUUGAUGAUGUGGUGUACAGGGAAAUAAUCAAUGUUCUCAGUUUGUUAUACAAAAUUUCUUAUGGACAUUUUAUAUAUAUUUUUGGUGUAACAUAAAAAUGAGGAGAAAUCAUAUCUAAUUUUUCUAUUGAAAGAAUCUAUAUUAUUGAGUGUUUCAGGUAUUGAUAUCAAUCCCAGUAUUAUCACUUACAUGCACCCUCACUCAUUCACUUAUAUACUCACUCACUCAUUCAGUCACUGCAUGUUAUAGAAAUACACACACACACACACACACACACACACACACACACACACACACACACACACACACACACACACACACACACACACACACACAUGCACAAACACAUAUGCACACACACAUGUAAGCACACACCUGCACACAGACAUGCACAUACACACAAACAAACAAACAAACAAACAAAUGCUUACUUCCUCUGCAGCAUGUACAUGAACAUUCCAGACUUGGCUGGGUCCAAAUUUCCAGACUAUUUGAAGAUUUUUUUCUCUUUUUAUGUAAAGCAAAUACCUGAAUAUUUUUUCAGACCAUAUCUAUGUAAUUCUCUGUUUUUGUAUUUGAAAUUAAGUGGAUAACGUGAAAGUCAGAGUGUGAGCCAAAUAAAAUGACGUAAGCACUGCCUGCCGAGCAUCAGGAUCUAUCACAAGAUUUGCUGGCGUUCGCUUUUUGUGAGACGUUUAAUAUUUCAUUAAGAAUGAUGUGGUACUUUCACAGCAGCCAAGGAAAUUUUUCAGGAAUAUAUCAUUAAUAAUUUUGGGUUUUAUCUAACUUUGGAGAGUUGUUUAAACGUGAAAUUUGUACGUGUAUUCUGUAUAUUUACAUUUUCAUUAUUAUUGUGACAGUUUCACUAAUCUGCUUGUGCAGGUUAUGAAAUGUGCUGCUGUCUAAUGAUGGCCUUUGAAGAACUUGCAGAAAUUGAAUCCGUUGCUCAUAAUUUUGUAACGAGUCAUAUUGUUUGUGUGUUGGCGAGCUAGGGUUGAUUUUGUGGAGGUAAUUUUGAUAUGGUGCAAAGUGUUAUUUGUUAUUAGCAUGUCUUGUUCCUCUGAGAGGUGUGUUGAAUUUUAGUGGACUCUUUUUGUAAUGAUUAUUUGGAUGUUUUUAGAUACUGAUAAAUUGUGUGCUAUCUUUCAGGGCUUGUGUGUCACUAGUUGUAGUUGUAUACAAGAUAACUUGCCGUUUGUCUUAUUUCAGAAAGAUUUUAUCAGGCAGAAUAUGUAAGCUAUAGUGCAUAGAUGUUUUGUGUUUUUUUCAGCAAAAUUAGAUUGAAGAAGUGUGUUGGUGCAUAAGUUUGAUGUAAUGAUUCAAGAAAAAUUUGCACAAAUAUCAAUAUGCAUGU